ACACGUCUUGGAAUACAAUACUCCACACUCGUGUAGCGUGCUGCAUCACAAUAAAAUAAAUUUACAGAAACAACCGAUUUUUUGGGUAAUGCAUCUUUAAAGUUGACUGCCAACCGCAAAUCAAAUCAAAAUUUUUGUAGCAAACGUUUGGAAAAUCAACGUAUGCUACAUAUUAGAUCCUAAACUUUCGUAUAUUUGUAGAUUCUGUUCUACGCGUGAGUGCAUCAGAUACAGCAGAGUGCUGCUUGGUGCCAUCAGAGGUCCAAUCCAGUCCCAACGUUGUAUCACCAUGCCUGGAAACAAACCCAACCUAAAACGUAAGAAAGAGUCACCGAGCAGCGCCGAUGGAAAGCAGCCGAAGCUCGCAAGAGUGAAAGCGGGGAAGAGGGACAGGGAGCCCGGCUGGCUGGAGGCGGAAGUGGUUCAGCUCCGCAGAGAAGCACAGGGAUGCGAAUUCAACAAGAAGCGCCUCCGGUAUUUGUCUGACUGUCAGAAAAUCAAGCAGGGAUCUGAUGGGGUGCUUUACUGGAUGUUCCGGGAUCAACGAAUGCAAGAUAACUGGGCGCUGAUCUACGCUCAGCAGCUCGCGCUGACUGAGAAACUUCCUCUGCACGUCUGCUUCUGUCUGGUGCCACGGUAUAUGGAUGCAGCUUACCGACAGUAUGCCUUUAUGUUGAAAGGAUUGCGAGAAGUGGCAAAGGAAUGCAAAGGCCUGGAUAUUCAAUUCCAUCUAUUGUCAGGAGAGCCUGGACAAAAUCUGCCAACCUUUGUUAAAGAAUGGAACUUCGGGGCAGUGGUGACUGACUUUAACCCCCUCAAAAUCUCUCUUCAGUUGAAUGAAACCGUUAAACAAGAUCUUCCCUCUGAUAUACCUUUCAUUCAGGUUGAUGCACAUAAUGUGGUACCAUGCUGGGAAGCAUCUGGGAAGCUGGAAUAUGGAGCCAGGACUAUAAGGGGGAAAAUCACCAAACUUCUCCCAGAAUUCCUCACAGAGAUCCCGCCUGUGGACACGCACCCCCACACUGCUUCUCGUGCAGCAAAGCCGAUAGACUGGGAGAAGGUGCUGUCAUCUCUUGAGGUGGACCGGAGUGUUGGAGAGGUGGAUUGGGCCCACCCUGGCACCUCUGGUGGUAUGGCCAUGCUUGAGUCCUUUAUUGAUCAGCGUCUUCGUCUCUUUGCCACACACAGGAAUAAUCCCAACUCUGAUGCUGUCAGCAAUCUGUCACCGUGGAUCCACACUGGUCAGCUGUCCUCUCAGCGCAUCGUGAUGCAGGUCAAGCAGGAGAAGAGCUUCAGCGAGUCUGUGGCGUCAUUUACAGAAGAGCUGGUUGUGCGCCGGGAGCUCGCUGACAACUUCUGUUUCUACAAUCCCAACUAUGACAACAUUUCAGGUGCAUAUGAAUGGGCAAAGAAGACUUUGCAGGACCACGCUAAAGACCGCCGGACGUACAUUUACACCAAAGAGCAGCUGGAGAACAGCGAGACCCAUGAGCAGCUGUGGAAUGCAGCACAGCGACAACUGGUGCUAGAAGGAAAGAUGCAUGGCUUCCUGCGCAUGUACUGGGCGAAGAAGAUCCUGGAAUGGACUGCAUCCCCUGAAGAAGCCCUCUCUAUUGCCUUAUAUUUCAAUGAUCACUAUUCCUUGGAUGGAUGUGACCCCAAUGGAUUUGUGGGUUGCAUGUGGUCCAUCUGUGGCAUUCAUGACCAGGGCUGGGCAGAGAGGCCCAUUUUUGGGAAAAUCCGUUAUAUGAAUUAUGCCGGCUGCAAGAGGAAGUUUGAUGUGCCGCAGUUUGAAAAGAAAUAUGCUGCCACUGAGACUUCCAAAAAACAUGGGACAUCGUUAUAGCUUAAUUCAAAUGCAUUUCUGAAAUCCAACCGAUGGUCAGGUCAGUUCUGUUUACACUGCUUUUAAAGAUUUACUGUUACUAAUUUUUUGGCAGACAUUUUUCUCCGGUGAGGAGAAGCUUAUUAUUUGUCAUUUAUAACAGUUUUUUGUUCUACAGGAGUUAAUCGGUGUUUUUUAAAUGUAUACAGAUGUAUUGAUAUCUUGUUAUCUUACAUGUGACUUCACAGUAACAUCUUGAAAUUCACAAUAUAGACACAUUGUACUGGGCAGGGUGAUAUACUGUAAUCUACAUGGACCAUAAUAAAAUUAAUUUUAGUAUUACAAGUAUUUGUCAUAUUAUGCAUAACACUUUUAAUGAAAUGCCUCAGAUAAAAACAUUACUUGUAGGAAAGUCAAACUCUUUCAAUCGCCUUUCUCUAAAUUACUGGUGUGCAUCUUGAGACAAAACAAUGGCAAUGACAUUUUUAAAGCAACACUAUAGAACUUUUGCUCACAGUUUCCCCAUGUGGUUGAUAAGGGCUAUUGUCUGUUACCAAGGUUGUAAAUAAUUUUGCUGUAUAAGCGUCCCCAUGGACAGCGCAAUUACACAUGAAUUUGUUGACUAUGCUGAUGGAACAAAAACGAUAGAGGGAAUGCAGAAACUUUGUUUGGAAACUCUUUCGCAGGCAGGGAAUGGGUGGGGCUGUGUGUACCCCGAAACAGACCUUUCAGAGUGUUGUAGCCACUAUGAGGCUGCUCAGGUGGCAGCGGCAGUAGAAUUCAUCCAGUUAAGAGUUUUUCUACCACUGAAAUAAUUUAAGAGACAUCAUUUUAAGGUCGAAAAACUACAAAGCAUUGUUAUAGAUAUGGCAGGGCAAUUUAUCUUCAGUUAAGACUGAAACUGGAAAAAAAUCAUAUUAAUACAGAUGUAUUGUGAUAGUUUUCUCCUCAAAACAAACAAAAAAUGUGAAGGAGCUAAAAUAUCAGACUAUUCCUAGUUUAAUCCCCACAAAGGGUGAUAAUAUAAUGUAGAUACUGUGUAAGUGAAGUGUUGCAGUGGAAAGUUUUAUGAUAUACAGGUACAGUUGUGCUCAAGAGUUUACACACCCCUUGCAGAAUCUGGAAAAAGCUGAAACUUUUGGAAAAUUGAAAGGAUUUUUGAAAAUUAUGGUUUAUUUUUAAUUUAGUUCUGCCCUGAGCAAGUUAUUUCACUAAAGAAAUGUUAACAUAUAGUUCACACUAAAGAAUAAUAACAGAAUUUCUAAAAAUAGCCCAGCAUGAAGUGCUCUAAAAUUUCCUGGUAGAUGGCUGCGUUUCCUGUGGACUUCAGAAAACACAGUGGACCAAAGUCCUCUUUUCAGAUGAAAGUAAAUUUUGCAUUUCAUUUGGAAAUCAAGGUCCCAGAUUCAAAAUUCCAUGUUGCUUGAAGUCCAGUGUGAAGUUUCCACAGUCAGUGAUGAUUUGGGCUGCCAUGUCAUCUGCUGGUGUUGGUCCACUGUGUUUUCUGAGGUCCAAGGUCAACGUAGCCAUCUACCAGGACAUUUUAGAGCACUUCAUGCUUCCUUCUGCUGACAAGCCUAUGG